AUGUCAACACCAGCAGCUACAACGGCUAAUGAUUCUAGUGAAAAUGUUUCAUUAAACAUUGAACAAGUACAAAAACAAAUUAAUUCUGAAAUCGAAAUGCUACAAUCAUCGAUACAACGUUUACAAUAUGCUCAAGAAGGUUUUGGUGAAUCCAUGUUGGCUAGUACAAAAUUACCAAAAACUGAUCAAGAUACAUUGAUCCCAUUGUCAUCGUCCAUGUAUGUUCCUGGACGUUUGUCAGAUAAUGAACAUCUUCUUGUUGAUAUUGGUACUGGAUAUUUUAUUGAAAUGAGACCAAAAAAAGCGUACGAAUAUUUUAAACGUAAACAUGAUUAUAUUCAAAUUGAAGUUGAAAAAUUACAAAAAGUUUUAUAUGAAAAAUUAUUAACUCGUCAACAAAUUCAUAAUGUUAUACAAAUGUCGUUACAACAACAAAUGCAACAACAACAAGCAACAGGAACAGCAAAAAAAUAG